AUGUCUCCCAGUGCUCAAUACACUCCAGUUGGCACUGAGACUACCUCUGAGCGUAUCAGCGCUCCUAUCAAGAUGAAGUCGCUUGUCCCGGCCUACGACAUUGUCGAUGGCUGCUGCGUCUGGCAUUGGCGAGACAAGGAGUCCGCUGCCGACGGCUGGAUCGUCAUCGACUCUCCUGUGCCCACAGCUGCCGGUGGUGGCUUGUUUCUUCACUCUAACGCAACCUCCGACGAGGUUCGUGAUGUAGCUCGCUCUAUGAGCUCGAAGCUUGCCGUUUCCUCACAGCCCCAGGUUGUGGGUGCUAAAGGAGGCAUUCGGUUCCCAUCGGAGGACCCACAAGCCCCUCUGGUUCUCGAACGCUUUAUUCGUGACAAUGCCGGCGUCCUCUCGGUCUACUGGGGCACUGGAGGAGAUCUCAACACGGACCACGCGGUCAUAGACAAGCAUGCCAGAGCCUACUGCACUCCUGGUACUUCAACGGCUCUGGAUGCGCUGUACCGCGCCCUGGGCUAUACAGGGCAAAGUUUCGCAGAUAUACCAGCUCUGCUUGAAGAGAGCAUCGACAAUAACGGAUGGUCUCUGAGCGAGUAUUGUGUUGGCUAUGUCAUGGCUAUCACCCUGAAAGAGCUUCUCUCUCGCGCAGACCCGACUUUGAUGGGACGAGCUCGCCUAGUGCUUCAGGGCUUCGGAUGUGUCGGUGCCACCUUCGCCCUAGCAGCGGAGCAGUUGGGCAUCGGACGUGUUGUGGCAAUCUCCAGCCAGUAUGGCUUUUACAUUGACAACGACGGCAUAGACUGCGUCGCCAUUGAACACGCGCGCCGCAGCGGGGCUGGAAUCUAUUUCGCCCCAGGCUUGGAUCCCAGGAGUCUCGAAGCCGGCCUCUCCCAGGCUGAGCUCUCAUCCGCCGUAAGGCGGGCUCAUCUGACGAGGAGCAUCUUGCCAAUUUCCUUGUCGGGGCCGAGGGCGAGGCUUUCGUACCCUGUGCUGGACGAUACGUUCUUACGCCAAAGACAAUUUCUGCCUUGA